UCCCUCCUAUCCUAGCCACCUCAAUAAUUCUCAUUCCACUCUAUUUUGCUUGUAACAACUCCAAUUUCAUUUCCUCUAAAGAAAACAUCACAAACAAACAAUUAGUGCAUGUCAAAUCCAACCCACCAAGAAUUAUACCAAAACAAGAAUAAUUGAUUAAUUUUUACCGGAAAAUGGCUUCAACUUCAUCAUUAUAUGAAGUAUUGGGAAUUCCGACAAGCGCGAGUUGCCAUGAGAUAAAAGCUGCUUAUCGGAGACUUGCAAGAACUUGCCAUCCUGACGUUGUGUCUGUAAAUUACAAAGAAAUUUCUGCAAAUGAGUUCAAGAAAAUUCAUGCAGCAUAUUCAACCUUAUCGGAUCCUGAUAAACGGGCAAAUUAUGACAGAGAUCUCUAUUCACAUGGUCGCCGUUUUGGGUCAUCGUCUUCUCUCAAUUCAGCAACAAUGGCAGCAGCUUAUGGUUAUGCUGGUAAAAAUUGGGAGACUGAUCAGUGUUGGUAGUUGAUCUUUAGGGUUUCUAUUUAGUUUUAUUUUGUCUAAAGUUUUAAUUUUAGUGAGUUGUGAGUUCUGAUCCUAUGUUCUAGCUAUUAUGCAAUUAAUUUUUUUAAUUUGGAUAAAAAACAGAGCAGAAAGAACCGUGAAGAAAUUAUGAUUCUAUACAUAUCAAUAUUCCUUUUUCUUUU